UUAAAUUUGAUAUUACAAAGUACUAUCUUUUGAUGCGAUAACAUGACCAGCGGAUUCGUGCAUUCCAUCAAAGUUCCAAGACUUUAUAAAUCUGCUGCUAAAAUUGUUCAGGACGUUCGUGAGAAAGGUGGUAGUCUUAAAUCAUUGAUUUAUAGACAAAAACAUCCUAAUGUGUCCGCGAUAUAUUCUUUAUGCCUCAAUACAUUGCAAAGAGAAGAGCAGUUAGAUCAUCUUAUAAAGAAAACUAAUAUAUUAGUGAAUGAACCUCGUUUGCAACCGUGGUUAGCAAAAAUCCUGAUAACAGAAUUACUUUGGGGAAAGAAGGCCUUGAAAACUGAAUGUAAACCUGCUCAAACUAUACUUGCGUAUGAACAAAAAUUUCGAGAAGAAUUAAGCAAUAUUAGUGACAUUGAUGCGGUUCAAAAACCUCAUAAAACAGUAAAAAAAGCAAGAUAUGUUCGUAUCAACACUUUAUUAGUGUCAUUAGAAAAAGGGAUAUCUUAUUUUCAAGAGGAGGGAUGGUCUUUCAUGCCGAAAUGUCCGAGUUAUGUAGAGCAUUUAAAUGUCAUAAAAAAUUUAAAAAAGCCAAAUUUUAUUCAGGAUUUUCAUAUUUCUGAAUUACUUAUUUUUCCACCUGACACAACUUUUCACGAUCACCCUGCUUAUCAAAAUGGAGAAAUUCUUUUACAAGACAAGGCUAGCUGUCUUCCAUCACACCUGUUAAAUCCAGAACCAGGGUCUACAGUACUUGAUCUAUGUGCAGCUCCUGGAAUGAAAUCAUCUCACUUAGCUGCAAUAAUGGGAAAUAAAGGAAAAAUUUACGCAGUGGAAAUUGAUGAACGAAGGUACAAAACAUUAUGUGAACAAGUUAGAAUAACAAAUGCCACUUCUGUAGAGACUGUCAAUAAAGAUGCAUUAAUUUUGAACCCAAAUGAGUAUCCCAAUGUGGAAUACAUUCUAGUUGACCCAACAUGCUCUGGUUCAGGUAUGUUGGAUAGACAGAUAGUGCAUGGCAAUGAAAAAUGUGACCCACAGCGCCUCAAACAAUUACAAGCAUUCCAAGUUUUCAUUUUGCGACAUGCUUUAUUAAAUUUUCCGAAUGUGAAGAGGAUUGUUUAUAGCACUUGUUCUAUUUAUCCAGAAGAAAAUGAGCAAGUAAUAGACGAAAUUCUUGAAAAUGUACAAGACGCAUACAAGCUUUCUUCCGUGAAGGAUUUGUUAAAUCAAAACUGGCUAAACUUCAGUUCAAAGAAAUAUAAUUGUUCAGAUAAAUGUCUUUAUGCCAAUUCUGUCAUAGAUUUGUGCAAUGGUUUCUUUGUGGCUGUAUUUGAACGAAACUUUGAUGUGCCACUACCAGAAUACAAACGAAAAGGAAACGUUGCAUUAAAUAACAGAGAAGUAGAAGAAGUAGAAGAAGUAGAAGCGUUACACCUUGAGAAAGCAAAUACGACACGGAAGAGGAAAAAGCGCGGGAAAAGGAAAGCGAAUCAAGGACCUUCCAAAGACGAAGAAAAGAGUGACAGCACAAGUAUUCUAAACGUUUCUUCUGAUUCGGCUAAAAUCGUCCAAGAAAUAAACAUUGAUAAUGAUAAUGAUUCGUCUCAAAAUGAUGGCUAUGAGUCCUGUCAAAAUGACGACGAUGAGCAUUCUGAGAACGAUAACGAAGUUGCUAUUAAAAAGAAGAAAAGGAAGAUUGAACGAAAGAUUAUGCAGUUGCCUCAUAAAGGUCUCCGACUAUCACUUCAUAAAGAAGUCACAUUACAGAAAAAGAAAAGGAAAACCCUUUAAAAAUAUAACUUAUUAUUCUUGGACGUUUUUUUAUUGUUCUUACGUAAAAUAUAUUGAGAUCUUUUAUAUUGGAUUUGCAAAAACAAUAAAUACAUACUGUUGAAUUAAAGAAAGGA